GGUGACCAUGGAGGCUGGCGGCCUCCCCCUGGAGCUGUGGCGCAUAAUCUUAGCCUACCUGCACCUUCCGGAUCUGGGCCGCUGCAGCCUGGUGUGCAGGGCCUGGUAUGAGCUGAUCCUUAGUCUCGACAGCACCCGGUGGCGGCAGCUAUGUCUGGGCUGCAACGAGUGCCGCCACCCCAACUGGCCCAACCAGCCUGAUGUGGAGCCUGAGUCUUGGAGGGAGGCCUUCAAGCAGCAUUAUCUUGCCUCCAAGACAUGGACCAAGAAUGCCCUGGACUUGGAGUCCUCUGUCUGCUUUUCUCUAUUCCGCCGGAGGAGGGAGCGACGUACCCUGAGUGUUGGGCCAGGCCAUGAGUUUGACAGCCUAGGCAGUGCCUUGGCCUUGGCCAGCCUAUAUGACCGAAUUGUGCUGUUCCCAGGUGUAUACGAAGAGCAAGGUGAAAUCAUCCUGAAGGUGCCUGUGGAGAUCGUAGGCCAAGGGAGGUUGGGCGAAGUGGCCCUGCUCGCCAGCAUUGAUCAGCACUGCUCAACCACACGCCUGUGCAACCUCGUCUUCAUGCCAGCCUGGUUCUCACCCAUCAUGUAUAAGACAACAUCAGGUCAUGUCCAGUUUGACAACUGCAACUUUGAGAAUGGGCACAUCCAGGUACAUGGCCCAGGUACCUGCCAAGUGAAGUUUUGCACCUUCAAAAACACCCAUGUCUUCCUGCACAAUGUGCCCCUGUGUAUCCUGGAAAACUGUGAAUUUGUGGGCAGUGAAAACAACUCUGUGACUGUUGAGGGUCACCCUUCUGCAGAUAAGAACUGGGCCUACAAGUAUCUACUAGGGCUUAUCAAAUCCUCUCCCAGUUUGCUCCCCACAGAGGACUCUGACUUUUUAAUGUCCCUGGACCUGGAGAGCCGGGACCAGGCCUGGAGCCCAAGGACCUGUGACAUUGUCAUUGAGGGCAGCCAGAGUCCUACCAGCCCAGCCUCUAGCUCCCCAAAGCCAGACUCCAAGGAGGCAGAGGUGGGCAGUGAUGGGGAAAGGGUGGCCCAGACCCCAGACAGCAGCGAUGGAGGCCUAAGCCCCAGCGGUGAGGAUGAGGACGAGGACCAGCUCACGUACAGACUGUCCUACCAGGUGCAGGGCCCACGCCCUGUAUUGGGGGGCUCCUUUCUGGGCCCACCAUUGCCAGGAGCAUCCAUUCAGCUGCCCAGCUGCCUAGUGCUGAACUCACUGCAGCAGGAGCUACAGAAGGACAAGGAGGCCAUGGCACUGGCCAGCUCUGUGCAGGGCUGUCUCAUCCGCAAGUGCCUCUUCCGGGAUGGGAAGGGAGGCGUCUUUGUCUGCUCCUACGGCCGAGCCAAGAUGGAAGGAAACAUCUUCCGGAAUCUAACUUAUGCGGUGCGGUGUAUACAUAAUAGCAAGAUCAUCAUGCUUAGGAAUGACAUUUACCGCUGCCGAGCGUCAGGCAUCUUUCUUCGCUUGGAGGGCGGAGGCUUGAUCGCCGGCAACAACAUUUACCACAAUGCGGAGGCUGGUGUAGACAUCCGGAAAAAGUCCAACCCACUCAUACUGUGUAACCAGAUCCACCAUGGCCUUCGCUCUGGCAUUGUCGUCCUUGGCAAUGGGAAAGGCAUCAUCCGGAACAAUCAAAUCUUUUCAAAUAAGGAGGCUGGCAUUUAUAUCCUGUACCACGGAAAUCCAAUUGUGAGUGGGAACCACAUCUUCAAGGGCCGUGCCGCCGGCAUAGCAGUAAAUGAAAAUGGGAAAGGCCUCAUUACAGAAAAUGUCAUCCGAGAGAAUCAGUGGGGAGGCGUGGACAUCCGCCGCGGAGGGAUCCCCGUCCUCCGGAGUAACCUCAUCUGCUUUGGCUAUUCAGAUGGUGUGGUGGUGGGAGAUGAAGGCAAAGGACUGGUAGAAGGAAAUACCAUCUACGCUAACAAGGGCUGUGGUGUGUGGAUGAUGUCGUCCAGCCUGCCCCACGUCACCAGUAACCAUGUCAGCUACAAUGGCCUGUAUGGAGUGGCAGUGUUUAGCCAGAAGGAUGGCUCCAGCGAGUUCCCUGGAGGCCACGGGGCCCAGGAAAACUUCAGUGAGGAUGGGGAUGCCAUCCUCUGGGAGACAGAGCUGGAGAAGGAGGAUGACCCGCUGCGCCGGCCCGUCACCAUAGCUCUUGUUGAGUCUAACAGUAUUAAUCACAACGGAGCCUCGGGACUCUAUGUCCAGAGCAGUGAGGCACUGCACGUCAUCACCAAUGUGAUCCAUGCUAAUGGGGACAGAGGCAUCACUGUGGCCCAGAGCAGCCAGCUCACCCGUGUGGCCAACAACAGCAUCUCCUGCAACCGCCAGAGUGGGAUCAAGGUUGAGGCCCAGUGCAAGGUGGAGCUACGGGGCAAUGGUAUCUAUGACAACAGAGGCCAUGGCAUCAUCACCAAGGGUGACAGCACCAUUGUCAUUGAAAACGACAUCAUUGGCAACCGGGGCAGUGGGCUGCAGCUCCUGCCCAAGUCUGACACUAAGGUAAUAAAGAACCGGAUCCACUCAUUCCGGGCCUAUGGCAUCGCCGUGCGGGGCCGCGCCAAGGCCCUGGUGCAGGAGAACAUCAUCUUCCAGGGCAAGACCAACAAGACCAUCUUUCAGCAGAUCUCAAACAACCGAGAAUGCAUCAUGCAAAACAACAAGUUCCUGGUCUUCAAGAAAAAGUCCGAUACGUGGCGCCUGGUGAACCCACCAGCACGGCCUCACCUUGAAAACUCCCUCAGAGGCCCCUCUGCAACCCACAAUGGGCAGAAGAUGACAGCCAUGGCAACCAGGAUCACAGCGCGGGUGGAAGGUGGUUACCACAGCAACCGCAGCGUCUUCUGCACCAUUCUGUGAAGAUGGGGAUCCGCCUCAGGUGCAGGCCAUGAUGGGCGCUCGGCAGAGCUGACGUGAAGGCCUUUGGGAUGGAAGCAGUGCCUGAGAAGACUCCCGGCCCCUCCCCUCCUCCUAUUCACCCCCACCCCCGAACAAACAGGUCCCAGGCCUCCUGGGAACCAAGAACAAGGUACCUCCAAACUCUUCAGCUCCAUAGCCUUCCCCAGGAAGGAACUUGGGCUUUUUUUUUCAAGGAGAAAAAGGAACAGAAGUUGGUGGGUUUCCAGUCUCUCAAGCUCUUGCAGAGAUUAAGAAGAGCUGGGGAGACUCAAACGAUACGUGAAGCUUUUGGUCAGGAUUUUCUUUGAGUUACAAGGAACUGCGUCUUACGCACUUCAAACCCCAACUCUUCUCAGGGAAGAGCAGAUUUACUCCUGAGGGAGGAAAGUGAUUGCAGUGCGUAGAGAGAGACAAGAGUCCAGAAUUUCCCCUUUCCUAGCCCUGAACCCUCCAGGGGCCCACAACACCCUCCCAGCUCCCAGCCUCUGGAGGCCAGAGUUGAGUUUGAUUUACUUAAGGACACAGUCCUCUUAGAGUUGGCCAGGGACCUGUGAGGGAGGAAGGGGCUUGGGUCAGGGAGCCCCUCUGAAAGGCUGCCCCAUGGAUGAUGAAGGGACAUGCUGACAACAGGAGGAGUCUCCUGUAGGUGGCUCAGGUGUGCAGGCAGGAGCUAUACUGGGCGGUGCAGGGAUGCAUGAGGCUCCGCUCUAUCCUCAAGAAGCUCCCAAACUCAGGAAGGCGUUGGUUUCGUGCCUGCUGCAGAAGGAAGAUUCAAAUCCCACGUUGAGUGCACCCACCUCAGCUCCCCUCCUGGGCACCAGCCUGGGCACAGGGAGUUGCCUCGGGCCCCUCACAUGUAUCCAUGUUCUUAUGGCGGUCACCUGCCUUUACUGACCCCACGUUUCCCCACUCUGUGCCUUGGCUUGUCUCUUUCCUCUUCCUGGCUUGCCCUUCUACCAUCUCCAUGUGUCCAGACCCCACCCACUCCUCCAGUUUUAGCUCAGGCACUGCCGUCUCCACACAGCCUUCCUCUUCCUCCCCCAGGUGACAGUGCUCUCCUCUCUGGGCCUCAGAAGCCCUUUCUCUGCUCCCUCUCAGGGUACUGGGCACUUUCUGCCUUGUUUUGGAGCUAACUAGGUCCAUACCCUGUCGCACCCACUUGCCUGUGAGCUCCCGGAAGGUAAGGCCACAUCUCGCUGUCUCUUUGUCUCCAGAUCCCAGCCCAGGGCAGAGCUAGGGUUAGUGUCCUGAGAGAGAAGAAGGCCAGCACCCAGCGGGCUUUACUGAACUAUACUGUGAAUGUAUCAGGGUUCCAGAGCCAGGCGGGCUAGGACCCCACUGCUUGAGGAAGGGGGCUGGAUGCAGGGCCCGCUCAGCUUGAACAAUCCCCCUCCCACUCACCUUUCAUGUGGGGCCUUCACCAGCCUGUUGGGGUUGCUGUCCUGUACUUGGCGGGAUGGCUUCCUGGGUUGGUUCUGUCAGGCCCCAGGUGCUGCUCUGUUGGGUGGCGUGGGAGGGGGUAGAGGCAGCCAGGAGCACUGGCUUCUCUCUGAGGACCUUGGGCACAAGAGCGCUGGCCCCUCCGAUCUCUAGCACUGUCCCGUGCACUUCUGUUUAGUGACCCCAAUGUGAGUCGCUGUACAAAAUGCUGCCUUUAUUAUUUCAUAAGAAAUGAUUUUUCUGUGAACCAAGUGCUUAUGAAAAUCUCAAUAAUCAAAAUAAAGUUCUAUAUUUUAAGAGGCA